AUGGCUAACUUAUUAACACUUGUUAUAGCUUCUGUUGUUGCUUUAGCGGCAUACCCUUCGUUGGCAAACAAUAAUGUGCCAACAAUUGUGCCCAGGCAUAAGGAGUUGCUGCUGAAAGUUGGCACCACACAAUAUUUGAACUGCUCAGUCACCAGCCCUUCAUAUACCACAGAUUUGCAAUGGACUUACCCAAUAAGUGAGAAACUGGUGGCCAUGAGGAAGAGCAUGAAUCCACUUGGAUCCUUGUAUACCUUUAAUGCCAUGCUGCAGAUUCUUAACUUUGACGAAGCCAGCGCUGGUGUGUACAGGUGCAGUGUGAAGGGAAACGACACAGUUUUAAGCAGUGAAAUCUCUCUGAUAGCUGUUGCAGAGAACAAGACAGAGCCCAGAUAUGUCAAGGAUGAGGCAGCUGCCACCUUGUUCUGCAGCAUCAGUUUUGAAUCAAACAGGUCAAUCACUGGCAUCACAUGGUUGAAAGUCACAAACAAAAGCAGCGGUCGCACUGAAGAGUUUGUUUCUAAACUCAAGAAUGCAGAUAAUUACAAAGAAGAAAAUACUUCACUAACCAUCAGCAAUCCUAAAAUUGAUGAUGCUGGCCUGUAUAUAGCCAGGUUUACAAUCAAUGGGGAUGAAACAAACACGUACGAUUGUGAAGUUGGAUUUGAAGCGGCCCCAGAAGUACAGAACUUUGAGAAAGCAAAGAACCUCAUUGAGGGAGAGAAGAUGGAACUGAUGUGUACAGUGAAAGGCUACCCACUGUCAGUUGUCACCUGGUACAAGGACAACAAUGUGCUCAACGUGUCGGAGGGCAGCAGACACGAGAUUCAAAAGCCAUUUGGUGAACAUCAAGUGGUGAAAUUGUUGGUACAGACAGUGGAGUUUGAGGAUGCUGGGGACUACACCUGUAGGGCCUACUCUGCUCAGUUUAAUGAGACUUCAGAGAAGACCCUGACAGUAAGAGUUAAAGAUAAACUUGCAGCCUUGUGGCCAUUCUUGGGAAUUGUAGGAGAGGUUGUUGUUCUAUGCACCAUCAUCUUCAUCUACGAGAAACGCAGAAACAAGCAAGUUCAGCAGGAAGAAAAAGCUGCAGAGGAAGUAGAUGGUUCAGCGGCAGACAAGAAAGAAGGACUAAGACACCGUAACACCAAUACCUCAGCAUAG